UCCACGUGGAGUUCUACAAUCCUCAUCAAUAAUUUUACACUGUAUAGCCAAACUUCAGAAGCCUAGCUCUUAAACUUGCUGCUUCUGGUGCAGCCCAAAGCAUGGUACGAAAGGUUACAGCAGAUUCCUUGCUAGGAGAGCUUCUGGGCAGGCAGAAACACCCCCAAAGAGAACAAACAUUUUCAGAAUGUUAGAGCCAGAAAUACUUCUUUUUUUUUUUAUGAAAAGUUUUUCUUCUAGAGCCAAGAGCAGAAAACACAAAUCACUUCACCUCUGCCUGCACCGCCAUCUCUUGGAAUGGAAACAAAACUGGAAACCUGCUGACACAGGAUCCCGCAGCACUGUGCAAAGGAUAAAGCAGCCAUUUCUGGAGCAGCUCACUUGGGCAUAAAGCCUGGAGAGGUUGAGCUAGAAUGUCUUCUGAAGGCUUUCUGAAGGAAAUGCAAACCAUUGGUGAGAAGUUUCUCCUUAAGCUCCAGAAACUGCCCAAGGCUGACCCAGUGGAGAUUGUGUCCUUUUGUGUGGUUCUUCUGUUUAUCGUUACUGUUCUGCUGCUCAUGAUCAUUGCCUGCAGUUGCUGCUGCUAUAGCUGCUGUAGCUGCGACGGACGUCCUGACCACAGACGUAGGAAGAUCCAAGUCCGCCCAAUUGCCCAUUCAUGAAGUGCAACAAGAGGUGACACAACCUACUGUCAAGGACAUGCAUGGACAUCAUCAUUCAGUCCUAUGGGAAUGACUUUCUACACUAGCUCACUGAAAAUGGCAAUAACAAUAUUAAUUAAUAUGACUCAGAGGACCAGAAAUCACAGCGUGGAAUUCCUUCUUUCUGUGACAGCCACUGCUGGACUCCGUGGUGUGACCAGAAAGCAGGGUGGAAGCCAGCAUGUCAUCAGUACAAGAGGCACCCUCAGUUCUGGAAGACCUAAAGAGACUGAUUGUAACAAGUGACUGGGCUCUUGGAGGGCUAGUGGUGAUUGGCACCUUCUGUCUUGUUUUUGUUGCUCUGCUUUUAUUUGCUGCCAUCUUUGGGUGCUGCUCAUCUCCAAGGCACAGAGUGGUGCAUAAACAGCGAAGCUGAGAUGCAGUACUUGGAGCCCUGCAGCUAAGCAAUAAUCAGCCCAGCUACAACCUGAUUGUGUUGUUCAUAGAAAGCUUUCUCACCUUCUCUCCCUGGGUGGUUAUUUCUCCCCAUGCAACUUUCCCACAUCAAGAACAAUGCACCAAUGCCAGCAAGUUGUUCUGCAAGUCCACAGCAAACUCAAUACAUAAGGCUAUCUCUAUUCAGGAACUGCAUGACUAGCCAAAUACCAAAGUCAACUCAUCUCUGCCUGAUUUUCACCUUUCAAGCAAAACCACCAGUUAGAGGUGGCAAAUCGUCAACCACCACCUAAAACUGAUAAAGACUUCUGCUGCUGCCGCCGUUACAUGGGGUUUUUUUUCCACCUUGCAAAUGGGUAACAGGAAACUCUGAUCAGCAAAAGCUUUGUCUAAACCCACUCUCUAAAAGCAGCUUAUACCAUUGUUCUCCUGUCAUACUCUGACAAUAGCCUAAAUAUACUAUACAAAAACUUGCUUGCCAGUAUACAAGUCUGUCUUUAUUUGUUCUUAUUUAGAACCUUGCAAGGUCAGAGUUUCAGGUUUCCUUUUACUGUUUGGAUAGUGAAUAGAAUUGUAUUAAUUCAAAAUGUAAAAAAGAAAUGCAACAUGGCAUUCCUUUACAUUGCAUCUUAGUCUCCUGUACAGUUACGAGCAGGGAAGCCAGCUUUGUGCUGCAAUAUGCGACUCUGGGAUGCAUACGGCAUGUUACACAGUAGGAAGAAUGUACCAAGCUGGGGGAGGGAAGAAAAAGUAUGGGAGACAUGUGGUUUCUAAUUAGGUCAGUGAUAUUACCUUACAGAAAUCUCUCUUUUAUGUACCCAGUGAAAUCCUAUUUCCAUUACUAUUCAUCUGAGCAAAGGAGAACGUUUUCUCUCUGUCCUUGCCUCACUGCUGCAGUGCAACCCUAGAGAAGGUCCUCACUUCAGACAACAGUCAGGGUCUUUACAGCAUGCAUGAAGUGGGAGAUGCUGUAAGAUGCUGUAAGAUGGUUACACGGAGCCUAACUCAUGCCCUCAGUGGGACACCACCCUGGAAUGUCCUGUGACUGCUUCUGGCUUGUGCACGGUUAGUUCAGUGAUCCCAGUCCAGUUCUUAUGGCACUAGUGUCCAUUCCAAGAAAUGACUGUCACGACUAACUCUACUGCUAACCAGCUUAGGAAUCAAGGAGAAAUAGAUACCAAGACAAGGUUUCCUGAGGUUAGCAUCUAACCAGAUAGAUACAGCUGCCUCUCGGAGUAUACAAAACCCAGCCACAAACAGCCAUCUGGCCACUCUUGCUGUGAGGUGGU